AUGCCAGUGCAAAGUUCCUUUCAACGCGAAGCCAUCGAGCUAUAUUUCUCCAAGGAAUACAAAAAUGGCACCAAACCCAACUCCCGAGACAGUUUCUAUAUGGAGGCUAUAGAAUAUCUACGCGAGGUUCUCGUAUCACGGCUUGCCUCCAAAGGAAAUGUUUUCCUGUGCCAGGUCGAUGAUUGUGUGGUCACAGCUGUACGACAGGGCCUUGGGAUCAGAGAUGCAAAUAUUGAUUCGAUCCAAGUAACCGCAUUCACUGAGACAAUUAAUUGUCCAGUGGAACAUGAUCGCGGCGAAACAUGCAGUCAUUAUAGUAUCUGGAUGUGGGUCGUUUAUGAUGAGUCCUACCGGGAAACCUUUGACCCGAAAGAGAUAUCUCUGGUGCAACCACGAAACGGCACCCAUCUUAAAUAUAAACAAAUGGGACAACUAUCCGAUGCCGUUGAAGUAUAUCUUACGGGAAAACUGAAAGGCAAAGGAAAGGUUGACGACGAUGAUCUGGAUUCCGAGUGUGGUACGCGAGUGCCGCAUCUGCAUAGUUUCCCUCAUUUAACUAUUGUGGACGUACGUGCUGAAGAUGACGUUCGGGAGAUGAUCUCUGAGGAGUAUGAGAAGAUGAAGAGGGACCAUGAUACCCCUCGGGAGGACUCUGAUCUUGAAUCUUCUCGUGGGUGGCUUGAUUCGAUUAAAUCUGAUUGUGUCACUCAAAGCACGGAGGUGGAUGAGCAGCAUUGGUGA